GCCGGCUCCUCCUUUAAGGGUGGCGGCCAUUUUGGCCGGGUGGCAGUCGGAGCACAUUGUCUCCGUGUCCACCUAAGAGCCACGGAGGCCUGGGGAGUUUUUUCAUUCGUAGCCCCCACUUCUCGUUCUUCCCGCCUCUUAAUUUUUUUCUGAAUCAUCAUUUUGGAAUCCUUAGUUUGUGUAUGUGCAUAAUCUGUAAAUCCUUACUAUGGCUGAUAAACUAACAAGAAUUGCUAUUGUGAACCAUGAUAAAUGUAAGCCAAAGAAAUGUCGCCAGGAAUGCAAAAAGAGUUGCCCUGUGGUUCGAAUGGGAAAAUUGUGCAUAGAAGUAACAUCACAAUGCAAAAUAGCAUGGAUUUCUGAAACGUUAUGUAUUGGUUGCGGUAUUUGUAUUAAGAAAUGUCCUUUUGCAGCCUUGUCAAUUGUUAACUUGCCUAGCAACCUGGAGAAAGAAACAACACACAGAUAUUGUGCCAAUGCCUUCAAACUUCACAGGUUGCCUAUUCCUCGUCCUGGAGAAGUGCUGGGUUUGGUUGGAACAAAUGGUAUUGGAAAGUCAACUGCCUUGAAAAUCUUAGCAGGAAAGCAGAAACCAAACCUUGGGAAAUACGAUGACCCACCUGAUUGGCAAGAAAUCCUGACUUAUUUUCGAGGGUCUGAGUUGCAGAACUAUUUCACCAAAAUUCUGGAAGAUGAUCUCAAGGCCAUCAUUAAACCUCAGUAUGUGGACCAGAUCCCAAAAGCUGCCAAAGGAACAGUGGGCUCAAUAUUGGACAGGAAGGAUGAAACCGGUACCCAGACCAUUGUAUGUCAACAACUUGAUUUAUCUCAUCUAAGAGAACGAAAUGUUGAAGAUCUAUCUGGAGGAGAACUUCAGAGAUUUGCUUGUGCUGUUGUUUGCAUUCAGAAAGCUGAUAUCUUCAUGUUUGAUGAACCUUCCAGCUACCUGGAUGUUAAGCAGCGUCUGAAGGCUGCUGUUACUAUUCGAUCUCUAAUAAAUCCAGACAGAUAUAUUAUUGUUGUAGAGCAUGACCUGAGUGUCUUAGAUUAUCUCUCCGAUUUUAUCUGCUGCUUGUACGGUGUGCCAAGUGCUUAUGGUGUCGUCACAAUGCCUUUCAGUGUAAGAGAAGGCAUAAAUAUUUUCUUAGAUGGUUAUGUCCCAACAGAAAACUUAAGGUUUCGAGAUGCAUCGUUAGUUUUUAAAGUGGCAGAGACAGCUAAUGAAGAAGAAGUUAAAAAGAUGUGUAUGUAUAAAUAUCCUGGAAUGAAAAAAAAGAUGGGAGAGUUUGAGCUGUCUAUUGUAGCUGGAGAAUUUACUGAUUCUGAGAUAAUGGUGAUGUUAGGAGAAAAUGGAACUGGAAAAACAACAUUCAUUCGGAUGCUUGCAGGGCGACUUACUCCAGAUGAUAAAAGUGAAGUACCUGUUUUAAAUGUUAGCUAUAAGCCACAGAAGAUUAGUCCAAAAUCUACCGGAAGCGUUCGUCAGCUACUUCAUGAGAAGAUCAGAGAUGCUUACACACACCCACAGUUUGUGACUGAUGUAAUGAAGCCUUUGCAGAUUGAAAAUAUCAUUGAUCAAGAGGUGCAAACUUUAUCUGGUGGUGAGUUGCAGAGAGUUGCUCUUGCUCUUUGUCUCGGAAAGCCUGCUGAUGUCUACCUAAUUGAUGAACCUUCCGCCUACCUGGACUCAGAGCAACGUCUGAUGGCUGCUAGAGUUAUCAAACGUUUCAUUCUUCACGCUAAAAAAACUGCUUUUGUGGUAGAGCAUGACUUUAUAAUGGCCACCUAUCUAGCAGAUCGUGUCAUUGUCUUCGAUGGAAUACCAUCCAAGUGCACAGUGGCAAACAGUCCUCAAACUCUUCUGGCUGGUAUGAAUAAGUUUUUGUCUCAAUUGGAAAUUACUUUCAGAAGAGAUCCAAACAACUAUAGGCCAAGAAUAAACAAAGUCAAUUCAAUCAAGGACGUGGAACAGAAGAAAAGUGGAAAUUACUUUUUCUUGGAUGAUUAAUUGAAAAAUAGUUCAUUGAUUUAGAACAGUGAAAACUUUUGUUACAUAAAAUACAAUCAGGUUUUAAAAUAUAAUGCUCAUUCCAGUUGUUAAAAAGAGUAAAAAUGAUACUCUUUAUGUAACAUUUACUGCCUAAAAGCAGUGUUAAGAGUACCAAUUUUUGUGCCUGAUAUGGCCAUCUUUUGGAUGUAAUACUUCAAAGCAAAUACAGCUGAUGUCAUAGAAAGAGACUGUUUUUCACUGUGGACUUUGGUUCAAAUAUAACUUAUUAACAUACCAAAUGCUGGCAUGUUUCCAAUUUUACGUUUUUUAGCUGUUUUCUGUACAGGGUGGUCAUCAUACAAAUUACUAUCAUAAAACCUCUGCAAAAUGAGAGGUACCUAAAUAAAUGCCCAUCUAAAUCUA